GAGGUGAAAGAGAGAAACAGAGGAUAAAACAGGGGGGAUGGAUCCGGUGAUCAAACUGUUCGGAAAGACAAUUAAGCUGCCGGCGAUGAGAGAAGUUAUGGCUAAUACUGCCGGAGAAGACAGAGGCGAAUAUGAGAAGAAGGUAAUUUAAUGGCUGCUUCUCUUAUUCGGUCUGCAACGUAUGGUUGAGGUGUUUCAAGUGAGAAAAAUGGGAUUUUUAAUUGGUAUAGAUAUGGGCCCCUCGUGCAGCUCUUGGGAUUUGGUGAUGGUUUUUCUUCUUGUUUUUUUGUUUAACUGGAAUUCUUGAUGUUGGUUGCCUAAAAUUUUAAUUUUUUAAUCGCUGUGCAUUGUUCAUCCCUGAAGAAAGAAAAUUUAAGAGCUCAAACCAACGAUGAUCUAUAAUUUUGAUUGAGCAAAAAGAGAGAAACAGAGGAGAAAACAGGGGGGAUGGAUCUGGUGAUCAAACUGUUCGGAAAGAUAAUUCAGCUGCAGGCGGCGAGAGGUCUGGCGGCUACUGCCGGAGAAGACAGAGGCUAAUAUGAGAAGAAGGUAAUUUUUUUUUUUGACGCCGAUUGUGGGAACACAGCGGUCGGGGAGUCCGAUAUUGAGAUCGAUGGCGGUGUUUGAGAAGGCGCGGAGGGUUCGGAGCCAUAGAGCUUGUGCGGCCGACGUUGAUGGAGCGGAGAAGAGGAGGUGGUGGCAAAAUUUCACGAGCGAAAGGUAGACUCGGGACGGAGUUAUGACGGAGUGUUAUUUUUGAUGAAACGGGAUGUAUUUAGGUGGUAGGUAUGUAAAUAGUAUAUUUUAGAUGUUAAAUAAGUAAAUAUAAUAGUUUGAAGUGUAAUGUAGGUAAAAAUCCCUACAACGCCGCGUUCUACACUCAAAGCCUAAAAGGGCCUUUUUCUAUCAUCGUCAAAGUUGGCGGCUCGCAAAGGGGUCCGGGCGAUCGAAAAUCCGAGCCGAUCGCCAUUGCCAGCAAGCUUUUGAUUCCCAGCGGCUGGGAGAAGUGGAGAGCCCCACUCUUAUGCCCUAAAAUAUUAAAGAUGGAGGAUCCCCAUUACACGGCGCUCUCACUCACAGGAGGACAAGAGCAAGGAAACCAGCACCUCCCUAAGGAUUUGAUGCCACCUACCUCCUCCAAGUUUAAACAAUGGCGAUGGUGGCUACUUGUUUUCCUCAACAUCUUAUUCCUCCUAGUUGGCCAGACUGCCGCCACUCUACUUGGCCGGUUCUACUAUGACCAAGGAGGAAACAGCAAAUGGCUCUCCACCCUCGUCCAGACCGCCGCCUUUCCUCUCCUACUCCUUCCUCUUAUCAUCAUCCCCAACACAUCCUCUUCUUUCUCUACCACCGAUCCCUGCCCAUCAACCGGCAAACUCACCCUCAUCUACAUUGCUCUAGGCCUGAUUAUUGCUGCCGACAACCUUAUGUACUCAUAUGGCCUCCUCUAUCUCCCUGUCUCCACCUACUCCCUCAUUUGCGCCUCCCAACUCGCCUUCAACGCCAUUUUCGCCUUUUUCCUUAAUUCACAGAAGUUCACCCCUCUAAUCCUCAACUCCGUCGUCCUCCUCAGCUUCUCUUCGGCUCUUCUCGGCGUUGAUGAGGAAUCUUCCAGUGACUCCACCGACAUUGCCGGCGGAAAAUACAUACUGGGUUUCAUACUGACGCUAGGAGCAUCUGCUACCUACUCACUAAUCCUCUCCUUGAUGCAACUCACCUUUGAAAAAGUUAUAAAGAAGGAAACUUUCACGGUUGUCCUGGAAAUGCAGAUAUAUACAUCAUUUGUUGCUUCCUGUGCUUCAGUCAUUGGGCUUUUUGCCAGUGGAGAAUGGAAUAAAUUGGAUGGGGAGUAUGAGGAAUUUGGCAAAGGAAAGGCUUCUUAUGUGAUGACUGUGGUGGGAGUAGCAUUGGCAUGGCAGGUAGCUUCUGUUGGCGUGGUGGGCUUGAUAUUUGUGGUUUCUUCGCUGUUCUCGAAUGCCAUUAGCACGCUGGCUCUACCUGUUGUUCCGGUUUUCGCGGUCAUCUUCUUCGGCGAUAAGAUGAAUGGGGUAAAGGUUAUGGCCAUGUUGAUUGCUAUUUGGGGAUUUUUAUCUUAUCUGUAUCAGAAUUAUGUGGAUGACUUAAAAGCUAGGAGGUCUCUGAAGGAUGCAAGAGAUAUCUCUGAUACUUCUGUUCCAUGAUGCUGGAACUGCUUCAGGUAAUUCUGAAUUGUUUUGUUGGGCUGUGCUUAAUUGAUGGCAUAUAGCCUGUGUUGUUUUGAUUUCUGAUAUUGUUUAAAGCAAUAUUGUUCUCAUCUCCUAGGGAUAUAAUUGUACCAGGAGAAAUGUUUUAUUAUAAUAAACACAUAAUAUGAAAGGGUGAAUUUAGAAUUUUUUUUA